AUACCCCCUUCUUGCCUUCUCCAAAAAAACAGAGCUUGAUUCAGUACGAACCUUCCCUUCUGAGUUCUGAUUCUUCCUUGCACACAAAUGGCUUCCAUCAGGGCUGUUUCCAUUCUCGCUUUGCUGCUUGCUCUGUCCGUCAUUGUAUCAGAAAGCCGCGUCGCAAGGAUGGAUUUGGGCCUCGACCUCGGCGGAGUUGGCGUCGGUAUUGGCACCGGCGUGGGGUUGGGGUUGGGUGGCAGUGGUGGCAGUGGCUCCGGCUCCGGCUCCGGCUCUGGAUCCGGAUCUGGCUCCAGUUCAUCUUCAUCAUCUUAUUCCUCUAGCUCGAGCUCUGGGUCCGGAGCUGGGUCUGAAGCUGGCUCGUACGCAGGGUCUCGGGCGGGCUCAGGUUCUGGCUCCGGUGCAGGCUCAGAAGCUGGUUCCUACGCUGGCUCUUAUGCUGGGUCACGUGGAGGCUCAGAUUCGGGAAGGAAUUACAGGAAUGGUGGUUCGGGCUACGGCGAGGGUUCUGGCAGAGGAUAUGGCGGUGGUGGUAGUGGCGGCGGCGGAGAGGGUUAUGGUGAAGGUCGUGGCUAUGGCGAGGGCUCUGGUAGAGAGGGUUAUGGUGUGGGUCGUGGCUAUGGCGAGGGACGUGGAUACGGCGAAGGCGGCAACAACUGAGACCAAAGAGUCGGAGACAAAAUUAGGACAUCGAAUAAAAACCACAGCUACGGAUGGUAUUAGCAACUAUAAAUCGUUUAUGUCAUUAUGUAAGCAGCUUAUGAUUUUCUGUCGUUCAAAUAAUUGGUAGAAGAAAAAGGGUGUNUUCAUACUCAAAAUCAAUAAUAUCAUAUCAUUAUGAAA